AUGGCGGCCCAGGCGGCGCUGGCGCCUUCCUGCUCUCGCUUCCGAGGGGCUGCAGCCUGUCGGCUCCAGCCUUUCGCUGCCGGGCUGCGGAGGAGCUACAGCCAGGAUGGGUCCCUCGCGCAGUUCCUGCACCGCAGCCUCGUCCCCACCAUGCACUAUCAGAAGAGCUUGCCGCGUUUGCCCAUUCCAAAACUGGAAGACACAAUUAGAAGAUACCUGAAUGCUCAAAAGCCUCUUUUAAAUGAUGAUCAGUUCAGGAAAACCGAGCAACUUGCUGUCAACUUUAGGAAUGGAAUUGGUAAAGAAUUACAUGAACAGUUGGUUACACAAGAUAAGCAAAAUAAACAUACUAGUUACAUUUCAGGUCCCUGGUUUGACAUGUACUUAAAGGCCCGUGAAUCGGUUGUUUUGAAUUUUAAUCCAUUCAUGGUUUUCAGCCCUGAUCCCAAAGUUGAAUAUAAUGACCAGCUCACAAGGGCAACUAAUAUGACUGUUUCUGCUUUGCGUUUCUUGAAGACUCUCCAGGCUGGCAUUUUGGAGCCUGAGGUUUUCCACCUCAACCCCUCUCGAAGUGAUACUCAAGCUUUCAAAAGGUUUAUUCGCUUUGUGCCUUCCUCUCUGUCCUGGUUUGGUGCUUAUAUGCUCAAUGCCUACCCACUCGACAUGUCGCAGUACUUCAGGCUUUUCAAUUCCACGCGGUUGCCCAAGCGCAACAGGGACGAGCUUUUUACCAACGAAAAGGCAAAGCACUUACUGGUGCUUAGAAAUGGAAAUUUUUACACCUUUGACGUGAUUGAUAGAGAAGGGAACAUAAUGAAGCCCUCAGAAAUUCAAGCACACCUAAAAUACAUCCUUUCUGACAACAGCGCCGUUCCCGCAUUCCCUCUUGCUUGCCUGACGACUGAAAACCGAGAUACGUGGGCAUCGCUAAGGCAGGAGCUGCUUGACAGCAGCAAUGAGGAAGCCUUAAGGAUAGUGGAUUCGGCAAUAUUCUGUCUGUGCUUUGAUGAUUCUCCAGUUAAAGACCUCGUCCAGUUGUCCCAUACCAUGCUUCAUGGGGAUGGCACCAACAGAUGGUACGACAAGUCAUUUAACCUCAUUCUAACCCAAGAUGGCACGGCAGCAAUUCAUUUUGAGCAUUCCUGGGGAGACGGAGUGGCUGUGCUGAGAUUCCAAAAUGAAGUCUUUAAGGACAGCACCCGUUCACCUGCUGUCACGCCCCAGUCGCAGCCUGCCGCAGUUGAUUCUUCCACGGCUGUUCAGAAACUGACCUUUAAAUUGAAUGAUACGUUAAAAGAAGGAAUUACCAAGGCUAAACAAAAUUUUGAUGCUUCUGUGAAAAAGCUGACAGUGGAAAUACUUGAGUUCAAGAGAGGGGGUAAAGAGUUCUUAAAGAAGCAGAAAUUGAGUCCUGAUGCUGUCGUUCAGCUGGCGUUUCAGAUGGCCUUUCUGCAGCAAUACGGUCAGACUGUGGCUACCUAUGAAUCUUGCAGCACAGCAGCAUUCAGACAUGGCCGUACCGAAACCAUCCGUCCCGCUUCAGUUUAUACAAAGUCGUGUUCGGAGGCUUUCGUCAAGGAGCCAUUCAAACGCAGCACAGGAGAGCUGCAACAGAUGAUUGCAGAGUGCUCGAAGUAUCACAGCCAGCUCACUAAAGAAGCUGCUAUGGGUCAGGGGUUUGACCGACACCUCUUUGGCUUACGGUAUUUGGUAGAAUCCAGUGGCAUGCCCUUGCCAGACUUUUACCAAGACCAGGCUUACGCUCAGAUCAAUCAUAACAUUCUGUCCACCAGCACUUUGAGCAGCCCAGCUGUGACCAUGGGUGGGUUUGCCCCGGUGGUGCCUGAUGGCUUUGGCGUUGCGUACCGAGUGCACGACGACUUGAUUGGAUGCAGCGUUUCCACCUAUCCGGCUAGGAAUGUGCAUGAAUUCCUUCAGUGCGUACACAAGUCGCUGGAUGACAUUUUUAAUGUUUUAGAAGAUAAACAUAUUAGGAAGUAAGGGUUGGUCUGUUUGAAAAUGCAGUACCCCAGGA